AUGCCAGCAAAAGCCCAUUUAGAAAAAUCAUUCCCAGCAAGGCCACCAAGGUCACGCCCAGCAUCAGGCAUCGCCGCCACCGGCAACACGGCGUCGGCGUCCGAAGCUUCGACCCCAACACCUGCCAGCGGAACCGGCAGCGGAGUUCGCCUCGGCCUCGCCGUGUCGCCUUCCGAGGCUUCGCCGCUUGGUGUAGCGCGCCCAGCUGCACCAAGUCGUGUCAAGAAGCGCAUCUCAGCUACCCCGACGCCGCGCGCAUCGCCAUCGCACGCCUCGCUGCAGUCGCUCAGCCAGGAGAGCCGUGCGGCCACGCCCGAGCGGUACACAGGAACCAUUACCGACCGGACUGACGACGAGCUGGGUCUUGCCAGUCGCCAGGCGCUCCAGGACGCCCUCCGUCGCGAGUGGCUGGACCGCGAGAAGUUCAUCGCACGGAUCGACGAGCUCGACGCUAUCCAGCAGACGCAGGAGGACAAGCUUGCUGACGGUGGGAAGGCUCUGGAGAGCACCCAGGGCAAGCUCGAAUCUGCCCUCAAUGAGCAGCAGGUGCUCGAAGCCGAGCUCGAGGCCGCCAACGACCUCAUCGACAGGCUAAGACAUUCCAGCAGCGAGGCUGAGCGCCAGCUCAGACAGUCUCAGCGGAGGUAUGCCGACCAGGAAAAGGCUUUCGAGGCUGAGCGUUCGGUCCACCUGGCCGAGCAGCAACACUUGCACCAGCGAAUCAAGUCGCUUUCUGCCGAGAGGUCCGCUCGGCCCAACACCGACGACGCACAUGCCGCGUUGCAGGAGGAGCUUGUGACUAUUACGGCGUCGCACCAGACCCUGGUUCAGCAGCUAACGACGCUUGCCGAUGAGCUUCACGAGAUCAAGGCCGAUAACUCCAAGCUUUUGGAAGAGAAUGAGAGCUGGCAAUUAUUGAUCGAGGAGCGGACCCUCGCUGGCACGAUGCGCGGCGGCCUGCUCCCUGCUACGACCGAGGGCGCGAAUGGCGGCGCGUCUAACGGCGUGACUGCCCCAUCGUCGAUUCGCGUCAAGGAGCCCAACGCUCUCGAGACUUUGGAGGAGCAGCUCGAGAUGGACGAGCUGCACUCGGAGCUCGAGCAGCAGCAGUCCAUCUUUGACGAGAGUGACCGCGUGCUCACUGCCGAGCUGCAGAGAGUGUCGUCUGGCGGCUCGUUCCUGUCGGCCUCGCCGAACAACGGCGGCAUGAGCGGCUCGCUGGCCCACGAGCUGGGUUCGAUUCCCUCGUUCGCCGAGCUCGACACGCUCAGAACCGAGAACAAGACGCUCAAGGAGUCGAACAAGGCGCUCGCGUUGUACUGCUCCAAGAUUCUGGACCGCAUUCUCGCGUCCGAGGGCUACGAGCACGUCCUUUCGACCGACUACCGCACGCGCCGUGGACUGCGUCCUUCGUCCACCAGCAGCAAGGCCAAGUUCAACAUUGAGGAGCUGGCAAAGACGAUGGAGACCAGCGGACCUCCCCCCGUUCCCGAGUUGCCCCCGAGACCCGCGCCUGUGGCUCCCGCUGCUUCCAAGCCUCGCCCGCAGAGCAUGCUUCUUCCGAGGUCCAAUUCGAGCAACAACGUGAACGCCAGGUCGGCCGGCGAUGUUAGCCCCCCGAAGAAGGACGAUGACAAGAGGGCCCGUCGCGGCUUCUCGAUCGACUUCCGCUCGCUGGGCUUCGGCCAAGCUGAGAAGCCUGAGCCCAAGCCCGUCCUCAAGCCUCUGCAGCUUGCUUCGCGUGCGGCGCCAGCUGCGCACCGCGACCCCGGACCACGCUCCUCUACCUCUUCCAUGCCUCCGCCGCCCCUCCCUAGCCCCUCUGUUGGCGUCGCGCGCAAGCUGGACCAGACUGAGGAGGACGAGGACGACCUCAAGGAGCGCCACCGGAUGCAGGCGGCUCUCAAGCUCAUGGGGAUCGACCCCAACGCCAACAAUGGCACCAUCCCGCCACCUCCGAGUCAGGUGCUGGCCGACAACGCCAGCGCCAAGGACAUCGAUGCGGCUACCCCGUCCUCCUCUGGGGCGGGGUCGUGGUUUUCCCGUCGCUUGUCCCGCCAACCCACCUCCGCCACCACUCCAGCUUCUGCUCAGAAUGCUUCAGCCUCCGAGUCCCCCGCCGUACCAUCCGACCGGUCGGAGCGCGGCCGCAGCACGCCACUCGCGCGUCUCUCGGUCGUCCUCUCCGCCAAUGAUGUUGCCGCCAUCACAGGCGGUCUUCAGCUGAGCGACGUCCACCCGGACAUGGACGACGGCGAGGCAGCUGCCGCCGCGCUCCGCGCAUACGAUGCGCGUGAGCGUGAGCAGGCGCGUCUGCUUGCCGAGGGCAAGUCGCAAGCGGCCUACACUUCGCCAUCCAAGGUGCUCCGCCCAAGUGUGGCGCGUUCCAACAGCACGGUCAGCACUGGCAGCAGUGACAUUGGUGGAACCGUCGCACGCAACUGGUACAACGGCGACGCACGCAACUCGUACAGCAGCGAGCCGCGCAACUCGUACACCGCCGACUUGGCGCAGCGCAACUCGUACACCAACGGUGGCAGCAAGCACCAGCCUCGUGCCAGCGUGAGCACGCUGUGGAGCAUGGGCUCGUCGACAAACGACGCGGAGCACCUGAUCGAGGCGUAG